AUGAGUUCUCUGCCCAUAAGUGAAAGGGGCUAUCACCCCAAUGCUCCUGGAACUUAUUCUGCCCGCAAAAUUGGACACCCGAAUACUUUCGAGCAUCGCAUAUAUAUUGAGAAGGAUGGUGUGCCGAUCUCACCGUUCCAUGACAUACCGUUGUAUGCGAAUGAACAGCAGACGGUCCUCAAUAUGGUUGUCGAGAUCCCAAGGUGGACGAAUGCUAAGAUUGAGAUCUCGAAAGAGGAGCCAUUGAACCCUCUGAAGCAAGAUACAAAGAAAGGGAAGCUUCGCUACGUCCGCAAUUGCUUCCCCCAUAAAGGGUAUCUAUGGAACUACGGAGCAUUUCCACAAACGUGGGAGGAUCCGAACGUCGAGCACGUAGAGACCAAGGCAAAAGGCGAUAAUGACCCUUUGGAUGUCUGUGAGAUUGGCGAGCUGGUAGCUACUCCAGGCCAGGUUAAGCAGGUCAAAGUCUUAGGUGUGAUGGCUCUAUUGGACGAGGGAGAAACAGAUUGGAAGAUCAUCGUUAUUGAUGUCAAUGACGCUUUGGCACCGAGACUGAACGACAUUGAAGAUGUGGAACGUCAUUUGCCCGGUCUGCUGAGGGCUACGAAUGAAUGGUUCCGCAUCUAUAAGAUCCCAGAUGGAAAGCCGGAAAAUCAAUUCGCCUUCUCUGGUGAAUGCAAGAACAAGAAAUACGCCACAGAAGUCGUACGUGAAUGCGCGGACUCCUGGGAGAGACUCAUUACCGGCAAAGUGUCGCCUGGCGGUGUUUCUUUGGCCAACGUAACGGUUCCCCAUUCCCCCAACAGAGAACAACCUGGCGAGCGGAACAUCCCUCGAGGCCAAGAUCUCCCCCCCGCCCCAAUCGACGGCAUGUAUGACAAGUGGUUCUUCAUCUCUGGCGCAGCUGUGUGA